AUGGGACGGCCUUUGCUCCCGAUCUGGCACGAGUUUGAGACGACUGUGGCCGCUACAGGCGAGAAACGAAGCCCGGACGUCACGUGUCGCCACUGCCGAGCGCUCGUGUGCAAUGCGCGGCCCGUGAAUCUGCUCACGCACGCGUCGCGGUGUCCCGAGAUGCCGGAUGAAGUGCGGCUUCGGGUGGGAAGGAGCUAUGAAUGUCGUCCUCGACUGGCGCUUCUGCAGCCGGAACAAGCGCAGCCGAGUCCGUUGCCGCGUCCAGAAGAAGCCAAAGCAGCAGAGGGACAGGAGACGGGGGAGUUGGCCGCCCAAGAGACGGAGCGGCGGUCGGUGCUGGGGAACAAACGCGCUCGAAGCGCUGCAGCAAUGAGCGGCGGGUUCGAGACGCUGGAGCUCGUGCUCACGUCGAUUCGGGACACAAUGGACAAGACGCUGGAGGUGAAGCAGCAGGAGCUGCAGCUGCGACGGGACGAGCUUGAAUUCCGGAAAGAGGCACUGGCGGCCAAGUUGGACGAUCGUCGUCAAGCGCGGGAAGACGAGCGACGGGAUCGACGGGAACAGCGGGAAGCUGAUCGCCAAGAGCGACUGGAGCUAGCGAGGAUUGAGAAUGAAAAGAACUUGGCGUUCUUGAAAGCCGUGAUGGAGUCGUCGGUGCAGCAGCGUCGAUGA